AUUAGAAUUUAGGGUUCGAAUUCAUUGAUACGGUCAAUACAUUCAAUUGAUUUUGCAGGAGAAAAUCGAAGAUCGAAAAAGAUGAUCGAGGUGGUGUUGAACGAUCGUUUGGGGAAGAAGGUUCGUGUGAAGUGUAACGGUGAUGACACCAUCGGCGACUUGAAGAAGCUCGUUGCAGCUCAGACGGGCACUCGCGCUGACAAGAUCAGGAUCCAGAAGUGGUACAACAUCUACAAGGAUCAUAUCACUCUCCAGGACUACGAGAUUCACGAUGGCAUGGGUCUCGAACUCUACUACAAUUGAGAUUGUCGCUAUGAUGAUUUUCCGUAAGUUUGAUGAGUGCCAAUAACUUUUAAACACUCGAAUAUGGUUGUGUAUGAAUAAAUUAUAUGUUUUGUAUGAUAUCUAUCUAGUAUGAAUAUGCAUGUAAUUACCAAAACUCGGUACCGCCUUCACAUCCUGAUCACUUACUUGAUCUUGAAUGUUCGUUAAUUUCCCAAUUUGUUUCUUUUAACGUUUUGGUGAAAUUUAGGGCAAAUAUGUGAGCUUCUCCUUUUGGUAAAUCAGAUAUGUAAUUGGAAUUUGUUGUUUUUUACAUAUUGGUUACUUACUUUGAA